GCCUUGGGUGGGGAUCAAAAAGGAGGCUACGGUAAUGGCUGUGUUGGAACGCUAAUAUCGGAUUGGGCUUCCUGGCGGGUCGGGAACUCUGGAUCACACCACUCCGAAGUCCAAACAGGCUUCCUCCAAGUUCUUUCGUAGUUAUCAUCAACAUAAACACCAUCACGCUAUUGAAACUAAACUCCCUCCUCCAUAAAUGCGUCUACUUGCCUCAAUUAGUAGGCCCAGUAUUUGAGUACUUACCUCAAGUGCUUUACCCGUACUCGUGGGGGUCGAGACCUGCCAUGGAAGCGACCUGUCAAUGUGGAGACGUCCAGUUCACCACUCCGUUAGAACAGCCACUCGACCUAUACCAUUGCCAUUGUACGCAAUGCCGUGCUCAAAGCGCCUCAGCGUUCGGCACAUCCGCCAUAUUUCCUCCUUUUAGUCUUCCCGCCAGCCUUCCAAUCUCGACUUUCUCACGCCCUACUGCGAGUGGUGGGGUCAUGGACUGUUAUUUCUGCACCAAGUGUGGCACCAGGCUCAUGCAUGCCGGUCGAGGAAAGGACUAUGUCAGUGUAAAGGGAGGAUGUUUGAAGAGUUUGGAUUGGAGCAAUGCGAGGCAUAUCUGGUGUAGCAUGGCGGUUGUACCGAUCCCGGAUAGUGUCAUUAAAUAUGACGGAGAACCCGACAGGUGAUCAUGACCCGUGCUUGUCCAGAACUGGAUGAAGCACGUCCUCUCGCGAUCGAAGGAUAACCCGUUGUCAACCAGCAAGUAUGGCAAGAGUUCAUGGCAGCCGAAUCCACUGGGGCCGAUGGAAAUCACUGGCGACAAUCCCUGGAUGGCGCAGCGAUCGGUACUCUUCGGAACGAGAGGGAUAACCUCCUUGCUGGGGGAGGCUAUGAGCCAUUCCAUGCUUUGGCACCAAAACGGGGAGAAGGGUUUGGAGACAGACGAGCAGGUAGCUCAUUCAUAUGAUGGUUAGCAGGAAAAGAAAGCCGGGGUGGACCUUUGAUUUGCGUCGACUUAUUUUC